AUGGAACCAUCACAAACAUUGCAAGAACCCCAAGCCGAAGCACGGGACCUCCAACAGACCCGACUUUUCAUUGGCAAGACCCGCUACGCUCCACCGCAUUCUCCACCGCGAUCGGAGAGUCUCAAGUCUUCACGCCAGCUGAGCGAAGAAUGGGAGCCGGGAGCCACGGGCCCCGAAAACAUCCCCGACGUUAUAGGGCUCCAAGACACAAAUGGCACAACCAAACUCAAGCUGAUUGGAGAGUUGAAGAUACCCUGGGUCGAUGAGGAUCCUCUAGUGUCCACUGCUAAGCAAAGUGAGCUUCGGCGUACGAUCGCGCAACCUCUGCGGGAUAUGCAGAUUGGAGUUGACCACCCCGAACAGCUUUACUCCCGCAUCCUCAACGCCGUCUCUAGGAUGCCAGCCAGGAACACCUACACCCCUUUUCUAUCCACAGGGGGCCUGUUACCCACGUGA